AUGACGAUUCAGGCUUCCAAGUUUACCCCAGAGGUUCUACUCUCUGCCCCUCGCAGGUCCCCGGGCAUUCCUAACCCAUCUGGAACGAAAGUGCUCUAUACUGUCUCGACCUACUCAUUCGAAAGCCACAGCAAGACCACUCAAACCCGCGUUCUCGAUGUCGAGAGUGGCCAUUCUAGCCUCCUUUACGAGGAAUCAUCCUACAGCGAUGUAAUAUGGAUCUCAGACGAGGAGAUCCUGAUUUUGCGAAAUGGCGACAAGGGGGCUACGACCCUUCUGCUGGGAGACAUAACGACGCCGUCUAAAGUUACCGAAAUCAGCCACUUCGAAGGCAGCUUGUCGAGCCUCAAAGCGAAGCGGCUGUCGGACGACGAAGUCGCUAUUGCCGUCGCCGUAUUGACAACCCCGGAGGGUGCCAUGUUCAACCCGGCAACCGAGAAGAAGCAGUUGGCGACGGGCAAGGUAUACUCAACCCUGUUUGUAAGACACUGGGAUGCCUGGGUGUCCGAAAAUCAGAACUCCAUAUGGUACGGUCUCCUGAAAAAGGACGACAAGUCGUACAAGCUAGAAGGUCAUGGUUUGACCAAUGCCCUCGCGGGCUCUCGGCUGGUGUCCCCUGUCCCCCCUUUUGGUGGCAGCGGCGACUUUGAUAUUGGAAAGCAUGGCAUUGUCUUUGUUGCGCGCGACCCCGAGAUCUCACCGGCUAUUUACACAAAAACAGACCUCUACUUCCUACCUUUGAAGUCUUUUACCGAGGACAAGCCGCCGUUGCCCCAAAUCGUCAAGACAAGCAAGCUUCGUGGCUACUCGGCGUCACCCGUGUUCUCCAGGGAUGGCAAGAAGGUUGCUUUUACCCGGAUGAAGAGCGAUCAAUACGAGACUGACAAGCCAAGAUUGCUGGUUGUCCCCGACGUCUUCGACUUGGCGAGUGUGCAAGAGUUCUACCAAACAGACGAUGGUGCCGGAGGCUGGGACGCGCGACCUGAAUGGAUUACCUGGAGCAAAGACGAUUCAGAGCUUUAUGUAUCGGCAGAAGAGCAUGGCCGUGCUAAGCUUUGGAAACUGCCAGCGACCCCACAUGAGGCGAAAGACCUUCCCGCGGCAAUCUAUGAGGAAGGUUCUGUCGUAGAGGCGAAGCUGCUGGGAGAUGAUGGAGAGAAGCUCUUCAUCAGCACAUCAUCCCGGGUCGAGAACUCGGCCUACUCCGUCCUGGAUCCCGUCAGCCAGAAGACUGAUCUUGUUUCUUCGAGCUCCAAGCACGGAAAGUCAUUCGGUCUGUCCAAGUCUCAGUGUGACGAGUUCUGGUACAAGGGAGCCGAGGGAUACGAUGUACACGCUCUAGUAGUGAAGCCGUCGAACUUUGACGAGACCAAAACGUAUCCGCUUGCUUUCCUCAUUCACGGAGGACCUCAGGCCGCGUGGAUGGAUAGCUGGAGUACACGAUGGAACCCUGCCAUCUUUGCGGAACAGGGUUAUAUCGCAGUCAUGCCUAACCCGACGGGAAGCACCGGUUACGGUCAGCAGCACACCGACAACAUCCAGAACGAGUGGGGUGGUCGUCCGUACGUCGAUUUGGUAAAGUGUUUCGACCACAUCGAAAAGAACAUUCCGUAUAUCGAUUGUGGCAACGCUGUUGCUCUGGGUGCUUCGUAUGGAGGAUACAUGAUCAAUUGGAUCCAGGGCCAUGAGCUCGGAAGAAAGUUCAAGGCGUUAGUUUGCCACGACGGCGUGUUUUCAACUCUCAACCAAUGGUCUACCGAAGAACUCUUCUUCCCUCUUCAUGAUUUCGGCGGUCCGCUUUGGGAGAACCGAGAGGGCUAUGAGAAGUGGGAUCCUGCCCACCAUCUUGACCAGUGGUCAACGCCUCAAUUGGUCAUCCACAACGAGCUAGACUACAGACUCCCUAUCUCCGAGGGCCUCGCCAUGUUCAAUGUUUUGCAGGCACGCGGUGUGCCCAGCAAGCUUUUGAUGUUCCCCGACGAGAACCAUUGGGUCCUGAAGCCGGAAAACUCUCUUGUCUGGCACAGAGAGGUGUUGGGGUGGAUUAACAAGUACACGGGCCUUGACAAGUCUGAGGAUUUGACUAUCAGGCAGUAG